UGAAGGUAACACAAUAAAUAUGUGACUUUUAGACUAGAUUUAGUACAAGAAAAGCGACUUCUACAAAACAUGUUUAGGACAAUUGUACUGACUAUUUCGUGUGUUUCAUUAGUAACAGCUAUUUCGUGGAGUGAUUGUUCCACUGACCCUACGCACGAUGCCGUGACAUUCACACACAUAGAUGCGAGUCCAAGCCGCAUCGUGUUUCCGGGCGACCUACAUAUCAACUUGAACCUUACAUUUAACCGACCGAUAGAACACGCACUUCUAGAUAUUGAAUUCUACAGAUACAUUUUGGGGUUUCCUUUGAAGAUACCAUGCAUUAAUGGGACCAUAAUUGGUUCAUGUAAUAACAUUGAUGCCUGCAGAAUAUUUAGAAGUAUCCUGAAUGACCCGAACCACCAGGGAGACUAUGGACAUCAAGCCGAGUCUAUCAUGUUACAUGCUCUAGGCCACUACAUGCAGUGCCCACUCAAAGCGGAAACAGUGAUCGUCGAUGAUGCCGUUGCUCAUCUUGAUCCGGUUCCAUCAGUACUGGGCGUUUUAGCAGAUGGUAACUAUGUUAUAAUAGCCCGUGCUAAAGAGAAGGUGGGUGGACCGUAUACGCUCGGUUGUAUAAGGCUACAGGUAUCUAUAGGACUAGAUACAAGCGCUAUUAUUGGAUAGAUAGAAGGAAUGACGUCCUCAGAAGCAACACAUAUGACUAACUUCAAUACAAACAAAAAGAUGUGAAAUUUAUUUUGUUCAAAUUGCCUGCUACUUUGACUAUUUUUAUGAAAUUUGGAUAAAAAUUCAAUUUAAUUUAAUACAUCUUUAAAGAAUAAA